AUGUCCGCCGAAAGCCCCGGUCACAAGCCGGGUAUCCGGUCAUUCUUCUCCAAUGCCCUACGAUCCAAGAAAUCCCGCCAAACCCUCCGCAAGAACAGCCUGAGCCGUUCCAUGACCGACCUGCGGCUGGCCGCACGAUCUAGCGCCGAUGAACCCCCGCCGCCAAUGCCCGACUUGGCGCCUCUCCAGGCCCACCGGCUGAAGUAUGCGCAGGCACAUGUGCAGCUGGACUCGCAAUUGGGGGAGCGUCGUGACUAUACCACCAUGUUACACUCGCUGGGACUGUUGGAGCCGGAUGAUAGCUAUGGGCCUGCGCAGGUUGAGAAUGAGCGUCGGCAGCCUGGGGAGGGUGAUAUUGCAAAAUUAUCUCCGGGGGUGUGGAAAUACAUUGCCAGUUUCUUGAACCCGGCCGAUGCAGCGAGUCUGGCGUUUGCAAGUAUCACGCUAUUCCGCCGGCUGGGGACAAGAUCGUUCGUGGCAUUGGAAAGGCCAGAGAACGCCGACCACCGUCUUAAUUUCCUCAUUGGGCUUGACAAGUCCCUACCCCAUCACCUACUCUGCUUCCCAUGCGCACGAUACCACCGUCGCACACAAGAAGGCCAAGAACGCAUCAAACCAGCCCACGUCAUCAACCCGCUCUUCGAUUGUCCCAACGUCCGAAACGCGCUGAACCCGCAACCGAAAAGCCGCAUCACCCACGGCCGCACAAUACCCUUCACAUUCGUACAACUCACCAUGCGCGCAUUCCGCUUCGGCCCUCAAUACGGUAUUCAGCCCGAAGACCUCGGCCGCCGCUGGACCCGCGACGGGUGGUCAUUUACAUCACGCUUUUACAUCCACGAAGGCCGACUACUCAUGCGCGUCAUUAGCCAAACCUUCGCCGCGCCGGCACUCACCCCCUCCGCCCAGCGUCUCCUCCUCUACUCACGCGAAGACUACUGGCCCUACUUCUCCGCGUGCGCACAUUGGCGCGACGGCGAGCUCAUGCCCGUCUGCAAAUGCGCCCUCGAGCACAUCCCCCGACCCCGCGAAACAGCCGGUCUCCAAGGCCUAGAACACAAAGUCAAAGACCGAUGGCAGGGAGGCCGCUACGAUCCGAAUGCACUAACAUCGCUAUGUGGAUUCUGUCGACCCAUGCGUCGCUGUCCACAGUGUCCAUCCGAAUAUCUGAUCGAGGUAAAACUGUCCGAGGAUAAGAGUGACCCGCGCGGAAUGGUGUUCAGGCAGGCUAUCGUCGUGACACGCUGGUCAGAUCUGGGCGAUGGAACUACCCCGGCUGGACUGGAGUGGGGCGCUGUUAAUGGGUUGCGUGAUGAUUAUGAUUCCUUUGCGCAUAAGCAUUAUGCGAAGCGGGGCAUUGCGAGUAUCUUUGAGGCGGCGUUUACGGCGGAUACUCUGCCUGGACAGCGGGUUAUUUCGAUGAAUCCGAAGAAAAAGAAAUUGGGUGAAAGUGGGCAUGGUUGGUAUUGA